UUAAAAAUCUCGCUGUCUGUUGUCUGAAUGGGUCAAAACAUUUCCUGAGUGAAUUGUAUUUCUCUUCCAUCACUAAACUUCAUCAUCCAUUCUCGCUAACUCUACACUAACUCUAUGCUAACGCUACGCUAACUCUACACUAUCUCUACGCUAAUGCUAUGCUAACGCUAACUCAAUGCUAACUCUACGCUAAUGCUAUGCUAACGCUACACUAAACUCAAUGCUAACUCUACAUUAACUUUACGCUAAUGCUAUGCUAACGCUACGCUAACUCAAUGCUAACUCUACGCUAAUGCUAUGCUAACGCUACGCUAACUCAAUGCUAACUCUACACUAACUCUGUAGUUGGCCGAGAUUUAAGCCGUAGAGAUGAUGGAUACUGUUACUAACAAGUCAGCUUGUUUUAAUAGGAUCAGAGAGAUCUGCCGAGUCAGCGUGUUUCUGCCUGGGGGUAAAUCCUGUACACCUUUCCCUCGUUCACACAGAAAGAUAAAAGACAUGUAACACCUUAUCUGAGCUACACAGCAAGCAAAAAAUGAUAGAAAGAAGAUCACCAUGACGAUUGUAACAACAUUGGGAAGAAUGUCUCCAGUCAUGGAGGGAGAAGACAGCGAGGAAGACGUCUGUCCUUCCUCUGUCCGGACAAAACACUUUAACACCAACAACAGCAACAACAAUGAAGAACAAGAGAAGAAGAAGAAGAAGAAAGCAAAGAAGGAGAAAAAAGAGAAAAGAGAAGAAAAAAGAGAAAAGAAAAAAAAGAAGGAGCAGAAGGAGCAUGAGAAUGAGAAGGAAAAGGAGAAAGAGAAAGAAAAGGAGAAAGAGAAAGAAAAGGAGAAAGAGAAAGAAAAGGAGAAAGAGAAAGAGAAAGAAAAGCAGAAGAAAGAAGGGCCGAAGGAGGUGUUUGUGAUUAAUCCGGCCAGUAACCUGUACUACCAGUGGCUGCUUCUCAUCACGCUGCCUGUCAUGUACAACUGGACCAUGAUCAUUGCGAGAGCCUGCUUUGAAGAACUGCAGCAUAAUUAUCUGUUCACAUGGUUCCUCCUGGACUACACCUGUGAUCUGCUGUACCUGGCUGAUAUGGCUUUCAGAGCAAGAACUGGAUACCUCGAGCAGGGUUUGCUUGUCAAAGAUCAAAAGCUUCUCAUCAAGCAAUACAAGGACAGCACUCAGUUCAAACUUGACGUCAUCUCCAUGGUACCCACCGACGUGCUGUACUUAAUCCUGGGGCUGGACUACCCCGAGAUCCGCAUCAACAAGCUGCUGCGCAUUAACCGCAUGUUUGAGUUCUUCGACCGUUCUCAGACCAUGACCAACUACCCCAAUAUCUUCCGUAUCUGCACUUUGGUCAUGUAUAUCAUCAUCAUCAUUCACUGGAAUGCAUGCCUUUACUUCUCCUUCUCCAAAUCUAUUGGUUUUGGUGCAGAUCCCUGGGUCUACCCGGCGCUCACGGAGCCUGAGUUUGGGGACUUGAUGAGGAAGUACUCUUUCAGCCUCUAUUGGUCCACACUGACGCUCACCACCAUCGGGGAAACACCUUCACCUGAGCUGGACUCCGAGUUCCUCUUCCACGUCGUAGACUUCCUGGUUGGUGUCCUGAUCUUCGCCACCAUUGUUGGAAAUAUCGCUACAAUGAUCUCCAACAUGAAUGCUGCCCAAGCCCAGUUUCAGGCGCGCAUAGACAGCAUCAAGCAGUACAUGCAUGUGCGGCAUGUCAGCAAGGACCUGGAAAAGCGCGUUAUCAAGUGGUUUGACUAUCUGUGGACUAAUAAAAAGGCACAAGAUGAAAGGGAGGUACUCAGGUACCUGCCAGACAAGCUGAGAGCAGAGAUCGGUAUGAAUGUUCACCUGGAUACGUUAAAGAAGGUAAGGAUCUUCGCAGACUGUGAAGCAGGACUGCUAAUCGAGCUUAUUCUGAAACUUCGGCCUCAGGUGUUUAGCCCCGGUGAUUACAUCUGCCGCAAGGGUGACAUCGGCCGCGAGAUGUACAUCAUCAAGGAGGGAAAACUUGCCGUGGUGGCUGAUGAUGGCAUCACACAGUUUUGUGUUCUGGGUGAUGGAAGUUAUUUUGGUGAGAUCAGCAUCCUGAACAUCAAGGGCAGCAAAGCAGGAAACCGCAGGACGGCUAACAUCAAAAGCAUCGGCUACUCAGACCUCUUCUGCUUGUCCAAGGAUGACUUAAUGGAAGCUCUGACUGAGUACCCAGAUGCCAAAAACAUGCUGGAGGAAAAGGGGAGGCAGAUCCUGUUGAAAGAUGGUCUGAUUGACCUGGACCCGGCAAACCUGAAGCCAGACCAGAAGGACUUGGAGGACAGAGUGCACCGAAUUUACACCACCAUGGAGCUAAUGCAGGCCAAAGUCAAUAAACUGCUAGAAGAUUACAAGAAAACUGAGCAAAACCUGAAAGAGCGCAUCGCUCUGAUAGAACGCUAUGCUGGGGAGGAGGUAGAAGAGGAUGACGAUGAAGACGAGGGGCAGGAAGAGACCAAGGAAGAGGCCGCACUAGAGAAAGUCAAGGAGGAGAAGAAAGACGAGGACAAGUAGAAAGUCUGAAAUGUUGAAGAAGAUAAAUGUUUCACUGCCAGAAAGAGUUCCAAGUAGAACCUUGUUAGAAGGAGGAGAACCUUUAUUUAUUUAAUGAACCUCUUUAAGAACCCUUAAAGAAUGUAAGAUUUCAAUAUCGCUUGUGAUGUUUCCAGCAUUUUUACAGUUGUGUUGUUCUCAGCUGUGUGUUAUCACCAAGUCGAGCUCUGAUUCCCGAAAAGUCGAAAACUUGGUUUUAUCAAACGGUCUGUGAUGAAAUUUCACUGAAAACUCUUGUGUUAAAAAUAAAGGCACCAGGAAGAACUAAAAAUUGUACAGCAUCAAAAAGACAUUUUUUUUCAUGACAAAGCAACUUUUGUGCACUGGAAAUGUUCCAGAUGUUAAAGGUUCUUCAGAGAACCAUACACCAUGACCGAGAACCAUGUAAGAACCUUCAGUAAGAGUGUGAGUGUGUGAAAUGUCCUGAGUCAUGAUGAUACUGGGAAACUCCCCACACUGGACCUUCUCGAUCUCAGGAGCCCAGAAGCCGAGACACGCAUGAAGGUCACGCGAGGCUGUUU